AUGUUGUCCAACACCAGUUCUGACUUCGAGUUGAUCAUUCGCCAGCAGCCCAAUCGGGCGCGCGUGGCCGGUGGGAAGGAGAAAGAACGCAAGCCAGUCGAUCCGCCGCCGAUUGUGCAACUCCGGGUAAGAGAGGAAGGGAGCUAUCUCGCGCAACACUACCUACAGAGCCCGUAUUAUUUCAUGUGCUGCAGUCUGUACGAUGCCAAUGAAGAUCAGCCAGUUCCCGUACCGCCGGCCACAGCUUUGGCAGGCACCCUUGUCUCGUCGCUUCACCGGUUGAAGGAUGUGGAUAAUAAUGACGGCGGAUUCUUUGUAUUUGGGGAUUUGUCCGUCAAAAUCGAAGGGGAGUUCCGACUGAAGUUUACCUUGUUUGAGAUGCGAAAGGAUGUGGUUACCUACCUAAAAUCCAUUAUCUCUGAUCGCUUCACUGUUUCACCACCAAAGACUUUCCCUGGAAUGCAAGAAUCCACCUUUCUUUCUCGGUCCUUUGCCGACCAGGGUGUCAAACUACGGAUCAGAAAAGAGCCUCGCACACUGUCUCUGAAACGGCCGCCACGGCCGGAAGAGUAUCCCCAGCAGCCACUCCCUCGCUCCCCGGACCGGUCCUCGAUGCAGAUGUCGGGGAACGCUUUCACUGGCUAUCCGGCAGCAGGCAGAGAUUAUGCAUACUACGGGACACCGGUCAAACGUCAGCGGACAUCUGUGGAUUACGGGAACAGAGGCAUCUAUGACGCCGAAGGUCGGAUACGCCAGGUGGAUGCGUAUCCACAAACCACCGCCAUGUAUCCGAAUCAGCCAGGUACCUACCAGACACCUAUGAUGCAAGGAUAUCCUGCUGGACAUGCGGGAGUACCAGAUUAUGCGAUGUCCUAUGGGAUCCCGCCAUCCGCUCAAGUGGCCCAGAUGCAGGAUCCAGCGGCCCACGCACGCUCCAGCCAGCAAGCGACGAUGCAAUCUCUAGGAAUGAUGAACCAGCCAGGUACUCCUGUAUGGACCCUUCACAAGCCAAUGACUUCUAAAGACGAUAGCUAA